CUCCGAGGUGACCGCUUCGCCACAGAUGGACAGGAAGCGGAGGGAAGCGGUUUGGCAGCUCCUGCUGACCUCGUGCAGGCACUGCUCCUCGGGGAUCCUUCCCAACGAGAGGAUCAGGAACAUCGGGAUCUCGGCCCACAUCGACUCCGGCAAGACGACGCUGACGGAGCGGAUCCUGUUCUACACAGGCAGGAUCGCGCAGAUGCACGAGGUGAAAGGUAAGGAUGGAGUUGGAGCUGUCAUGGAUUCCAUGGAGCUGGAGCGACAGCGAGGCAUCACCAUCCAGUCUGCAGCCACUUACACCAUGUGGAAGGACACCAACAUCAACAUCAUCGACACACCAGGCCAUGUGGACUUCACCAUUGAAGUGGAGAGGUCUCUGAGGGUGCUGGAUGGAGCCAUCCUGGUUCUCUGUGCUGUGGGAGGUGUCCAGUGCCAGACCAUCACUGUCAACAGGCAGAUGAAGCGUUACAACGUCCCCUUCCUCACCUUCAUCAACAAACUGGACAGGAUGGGCUCCAACCCAACCAGAGCAGUGCAGCAGCUCAGAUCCAAGUUGAAACACAAUGCAGCUUUUGUUCAGAUUCCAAUGGGGCUGGAGGGAAACUUUAAAGGAAUUAUAGAUCUCAUUGAAGAAAAAGCCAUCUAUUUUGAUGGGGCACUUGGGCAGACGCUGAGGUUUGAGGAGAUCCCGGCUGAGUUCCGGGCCGAGGCUGCCGAGCGGCGCAGGGAGCUCAUCGAGUGCGUGGCCAACGCUGAUGAGCUCCUGGGGGAGCUGUUCCUGGAGGAGAAGAUUCCCACAGCUGCACAGUUAAAGCUGGCAAUCCGAAGGGCAACGCUGCAGAAAUCCUUCACCCCUGUCCUCGUGGGAAGUGCUCUGAAGAACAAAGGGGUGCAGCCACUGCUGGAUGCUGUCCUGGAAUACCUUCCCAAUCCUUCUGAGGUGGUCCAGGAGCAGGGCUGUGGGGAGGAUUCCCAGGACCAAUCCAAGUUCCUGUUGAACUCUGCUCGUGACGAUUCCCAACCUUUUAUCGGCCUUGCCUUCAAACUGGAGGCUGGCAGGUUUGGGCAGCUGACCUACGUCAGGGUGUACCAGGGCAUGCUGAAGAAAUCGGAUUACAUCUACAACACCCGCACCGGGAAGAAGGUCAGGGUGCAGAGGCUCGUCCGGAUGCACUCGGACAACAUGGAGGAUGUAAAUGAAGUUUAUGCUGGAGACAUCUGUGCCCUGUUUGGGAUUGACUGUGCCAGCGGGGACACGUUCACGGAUAAAACCAGCACUGACAUCUCCAUGGAAUCCAUCCACGUCCCCGAUCCCGUCAUUUCCGUGGCUAUGAAGCCUUCCAACAAGAAUGACCUGGAUAAAUUUUCCAAAGGCCUGGGCCGCUUCACCAGGGAAGAUCCCACCUUCAGGAUCCACUUUGAUGAGGAGAGCAAGGAGACCAUUGUCUCUGGGAUGGGGGAGCUGCACCUGGAAAUCUAUGCCCAGAGAAUGGAGAGGGAAUAUGGUUGUCCUUGCACCAUGGGGAAGCCCAAAGUUGCCUUCAGGGAGAACAUCUCUGCCCCUGUGCCGUUUGAGUUCAUCCACAAGAAGCAGUCGGGAGGAGCAGGCCAGUACGGCAAAGUGAUCGGAGUGCUGGAGCCCCUGGAGCCGGAGAACUUCACCAAACUGGAAUUUGAGGACAGAACCAUCGGCACAAAUAUUCCCAAGCAGUUUGUGCCUGCUGUGGAAAAGGGAUUCCGAGAGGCCUGUGAGAAGGGGCUGCUGUCAGGACACCGCAUCUCGGGCGUGCGCUUCGUGCUGGAGGAUGGUGCCCAUCACAUGGUGGACUCCAACGAGAUCUCCUUCAUCAGGGCAGGAGAGGGAGCCCUGAAACAAGCCAUGGAGAACGCUGCUGUGCGCAUCCUGGAGCCCAUCAUGGCCGUGGAGGUGAUGGCUCCCACGGAAUUCCAGGGAGCUGUGAUAGCCGGGAUCAACCGGCGGCACGGCGUGAUCACGGGCCAGGAUGGCUCCGAGGGAUACUUCACUCUCUAUGCUGAGGUGCCACUGAACGAUAUGUUUGGAUACGCCACUGAGCUGAGGUCUUGCACAGAGGGAAAAGGGGAAUACACCAUGGAAUACUCCAAAUACCACCCCUGUUCAGCCAGCACUCAGGAGGAAAUCAUCAACAAAUACCUGGAAGCAACGGGGAGGCUUCCUGCCAAAAAGGGCAAAGCCAAGAGCUGAUGGGAUUCCUCUGCAGUCCACUGAACAGUGUCCCAGUCUUCUCCACCAGCUCACUUCUCCAAGCCAUGGAAGCAGCCCAGGCUGGCUGGGUAAGGUGGGCUCCAGUGAGAUUUGGACUUGGAAUUUUAUCAUAAAACCUUUCCUCUGGGGUGUUGUGAGCAGCACCAGGGGAUCACCACGGGGCUGCUCACGUGUAAAUGCUCGUGUAACAAAUAGAUGGUAAAACACCGCUGAUGAUUUGCUUGAAAUUUGUCUUAAUUAAGAGCUAUUAAAAUUAUUUUAUUUUUUA